UAUCACCCACCACCUUAGCCUUUCCAAGUUCAAAGCAAUUAGUGUUUGCACUCGCAGUUCAAAGUACAGUAAGGCGUGGAAGAGGGUCAGGAGGGAUAAGGAAGCUAAAAUCAACAACAACCAUUGCCAAAAAAAAAAAAAAAAAAAAAACAUGGGAAUCGUAGAGGAAGCUCACAACGUGAAGGUUCUAGGAACCGGAAAGGAAUUUGUGGUUCUAGUCCACGGAUUCGGCACGGACCAGUCGGUUUGGAAGCACUUGGUUCCCCACCUUGUGGAAGACUACCGGGUGGUUUUGUACGACAACAUGGGCGCUGGAACCACAAACCCUGACUACUUCGAUUUCGAAAGGUACGCAACGCUCGAAGGCUUUGCAUAUGAUCUGCUUGCCAUCCUUGAAGUCGUCCAAGUCCAAUCCUGCAUCUUUGUUGGUCACUCUCUCUCCGCCAUGGUCGGCGUCAUCGCUUCUGUCGCUCGUCCUGAUCUUUUCUCUAAGAUCGUCAUGCUCUCCGCCUCCCCAAGGUUUUUGAACGAUGAGGAUUACUAUGGGGGAUUCGAACAAGAGGAUUUGGACCAGCUUUUCAAAGCGAUACGGGCGAAUUACGAAGCAUGGUGCUCCGGUUUGGCCCCGCUGUCAGUAGGAGGAGACAUGGACUCACUGGCGGUUCAAGAAUUCAGCCGGACGCUGUUCACCAUGAGACCGGACAUAGCUUUUAGCAUCGCAAGGACUAUAUUCCAGAGCGACAUAAGGCAGCUACUGAAGCAUGUAACAGUCCCUUGCCACAUCAUUCAGAGCGUCAAAGACAUGGCCGUUCCGGUGGUCGUUUCCGAAUACCUGCAACAGAAUCUCGGCGGCAAGUCCAUCCUGGAGGUAAUGUCGACGGGGGGUCAUCUGCCUCAGCUGAGUUCCCCGGACAUAGUUAUUCCGGCGCUUGUCCAACAUAUUCGAUAUGACAUAGCAGAAUAAUCAUAAUCAUAUUAAUAAUAAUAAUAAACAAAUUUCCAAGUCAUUAUAUAGGUUUCAUCGUUUUCGUUGUUUUUAAUUUGUGUGCGAGACUACGUAGGUCUGUAAGGUCUUCUUUCAGUUCUCACGUUGCUUGUGUUUCUUUGGUAGAAAUGUCUUUCGUUUGGCCUAGCUAGGCUAUUGAUAAAUAGGAAAAGAGCAGACAUGGCCGAAUUAAGAAGACUAAGAGCUAUUAUUAUUAUUAUUAUUA